AUGGAAGGCUACGAUACACUGAGCGCAGCAUUCAGCUGUUAUCCCGAAUUUGCUAUUUAUCGCAGAUUUUCCAUCCAUAGACACCGCAAUCUGAUGUUGCUAGAGGCAGAGCUGCUGCAAAAAGAAGAACAACUAUUGACUUUUAUUCAGGACGAUCGAGAGUCCGAUGAUCCCAAGAGGAAGUCCUUUGCUGUGAACUUUGACGCCCUGUUGAAUGAUAGCUCCCCUCUAGGAUCCAGACAACGAGAGCUCAUGAAGGAGUUUCGCGAACUUCAAAAGGAGUACGACGAAGGUCUUCUCCGAGCUCGACUAAUAGCCAACCUACCUCCUGUGCGCAAAACAAACCUCAGGGUUCUUGAGGACGAAGUCCUUCGAGACACACCCGACAAGAACCUUUUCUUCAAGAAUGCUGUCGAGGCUUUCCCUUGGACCCAGGAAGACAUGGAGUAUGACAUGACGUCCCUUCUGGACACAGAAGGUGGCACCGACAUCCUCACGAGAUGGCUGACCUGGAUUAUCACGGAACCAUACCAUAAACUCUUUGGAAAGAAAGAAGUCAUCUCAGACAGGUUCCCAAAGAACUGGAGACCAUUGCGUCCGAUCAAGCUGUCUCGCUACAGAGACGAACACAUCGCCAGGCUUGUGACAGUGGUGGCCACAAUACUGGCGCCUAUCCUUCCCACCGUCGGGGCAUUUUGUCUGUAUUUCAUCAACGACGAGCUCCUGAGGCUCUGUAUCAUUGUACUCCUGAGCUUCCUCUUCAGCAGCGCAGUUGCAGUGGUGGGAAUGCCUCGAAGGAUCGAUUCGUUCAUAGCCACUGCUACGUUCAGCGCUGUGCUCAUCGUAUUUGUCAGUCCCAAUGCAAGUUGUGUUUGCUAA